AUGCCACACGGAGGACUCAAUCGAGUUGGCAAAGUUAGAGCUCAAACACCAAAAGUAGCUCCACAAGAAAAAUCAAAACAAUUAACUGGUCGUGCUCGCCGUCGUGAACAAUAUGCAAAACGAUUUACCCAAACAGUUGCUUCCGAUGAUGGUAUCCGACGUGGACCUAAUUCCAACUAUCUACGACCUGCUACUUCAUAA